CCCCAAGUCACACAGCUCAGGGUGCCAGCCCUGACUGGAGUCCUGAGAAGCCAGCCAGCAUGUGCUCAGGGAGCCACAUACUCAGAGCUCUCUUCUUCCUUUUGGAUGUUGGAGGAGCUCAAGUAUUGGCCACAGGCAAGUCUGCAGGGCCUGAAAUUGAUGUCAGAUACGCUGUCAUCGGAACUGCCUUGGGCGUUGCCAUAUUGGCUGGCUUCCUGGUCCUGAAGAUCUGCAUGAUCAGGAAGCACCUGUGUGAUAAUGACUCUACAGACCUCAAGAGUACCCUGCUGUGCACCAGUGAGACGCCCAGGUGAUUGAGCUGUGAGCGGAGCAUUGGCUAUCAGGAUGAUUGCACACAGCUACAACCUUAGCAAUGUCUGGAAUGGGAAAGCCCAAGGCGGCCAAUGGACCUCAGCAUGCAAAGCAAAUCCUGAAAGGAUUGGAAUCGACAGUACCUUUUAUUCUUCAGCAAGAAGCUAACUGACCAGAGCUGACAGGCAAAGAUGAAAACCAAAAACUUCCUAUCUUCCCACAUGGGUACCCCCCAUGAGGGAGCCCUUCAUGAUUCUAACUGUGGUGUUGUGUCCAGGCCUGGGAGAAAGAGCCUUGGUCCAGGGCCCAGUUUCCUCAGCCCCACCAUCUCACCACAGUUAAGAUGAAUUUUC